AAGAACACACUCAAUUCCUCAAGAAAUGGCUCUAAAAAGCUAUGUAAAAAGUUUAUGGAAUGAUGCAAUGUAAAGCUAUGAAAUGUGUGAGGAAUGGAUGUGAAAAGUAGACCCAAGAGACCCCUUUUUAUACCCAAAAACAAGACUGUUUGUUUCAGCCUCUUAAUGGUUCAGAUGUCUGAAUGGUUAAGAGAUUUGCCUCUGAAUGGUUAAGUAUUAUACAGAGUCUGAAUGGUUAAGACCUCUUAUCUGAAUUGAUCAGACAUUUGCCUCUGAAUAGUUAAGCAAUAUACUAGCUCUUAAUGGUUCAGACCUCUUACUGGUUCAGCACUUANCUGUUUGUUUCAGCCUCUUAAUGGUUCAGAUGUCUGAAUGGUUAAGAGAUUUGCCUCUGAAUGGUUAAGUAUUAUACAGAGUCUGAAUGGUUAAGACCUCUUAUCUGAAUUGAUCAGACAUUUGCCUCUGAAUAGUUAAGCAAUAUACUAGCUCUUAAUGGUUCAGACCUCUUACUGGUUCAGCACUUAAUGGUUCAGACCUCUUACUGGUUCAGCACUUACCCAUUCGGAAGUUGCCAAACAGCCCCUAAGUGUUUUACAAAUUUAUAAAUAUAUGUAAAAUAAAAGUAUACAAAUCCGUGUGAAGCAUGGACUAAAAAGUAAAAACUUUCACAUAGUUCUUCUUGUAUUGUAAAACACGGCCAGCCCUCUGAGUCAAGUAAGUUUCCUUCUCCUUCUCUAAUUUCCUUCCUGGUUAUGUCUUCCUUAGAUAGCGAUAGAGUUUCGUCCUCAGAUGACUGCUCAUCUGAGGACUCCACGUCCUCUUCCUCGACCGGGUCUUCUUCUCCUCGUUCCCCACCCGGUCAGGUUCCUAACCCUCAGGUCCCCGAGCCGCAGCCUGUUAAUCAGGUGCCCGAUCAGGUCUUCAUGGGGAGGGAUGAACCGGUUGACGAUGAAUCGGGUCCCUAUGACCCCGAUAACGAAACCCGGGAUGCGUGGGAGGAGCGGCUUCGUACCGCCGGUUACUUUCCACUCCCCACCUUCUAUGUACUUGACAUUCCUUCCCAUGUAUCCAAAAUUGCCUUAAAUAAAGUUUGUAGAAGGCUCCCGGAUGGGUAUGUCCUCCAGCAUGAACAUGAUUGGCCCAAUAUAGUUGAACCCCACCAGGAGAAUAGGAUAGGCUUCCACAUUGUUUCUCUGGAUGGGGGCAUCGUUUUUCCCCUUCGCCCCCUCCUGACCGAAGUCUGCCAUGCGUUUAGGAUUUUGCCCGGCCAGCUAACUCCUAACGCACACCGUUAUCUUCAUUCCUUUGUAAAUAUAUGUUCUCACCUUAAGAUAGAGCCUUCCCUCCGUCUUUUCCUCUUUUGCUUCGAAGUCCUACCGGGCGGAACCGGUUGUGAAGGCUUCGUCUUCUUUAAGGGGCAAAACGGUAGGAAAUUUAUUUCCGAUGUCUCCCAAAGUAACCGGGGAUGGAAAGAAAAGUUUGUUUUUAUUGAAUUUCCCCCAUUCGUCACUCCCCUAGCCGGUCUAAAAUGGAAUGACCAUCUUCUCAACAAUGAGUAUACCGUGCUAGCUUCCUCUCCUGAUCUUGAAGCAAGUCUUGAGAUUCUUCUUCGAGGUGACCCGUUCACCGGGAGGAAGUUCCACUAUGGAAGCUGGGUCUGGAGGGUCGAAGCGGGUGGUGAGGGUACCUCCCAGGCCCAUGAAGCAGCGGGGCGCGGGACAUGGUGUUCGAGGAAUUUGACAUUUCCGAGGACCAGCCAGCGGGAGAGACCAGUGGUUCUCAAGCUGCUUCUGCCAAAACUUUCACGGUCCAACCAGAGACCGUGGAAAUACAUGAUGAGGACGAGCCUCAAGACGAUCGGUCCAAGGGGAAGGGCAAAGAUUAGACCGGUCGCCGGACCAAAAGAAGUGGCCACCAUCCAUCCUUCUUUUGGCAAGAAGAGGCAAAGAGCGGAUCCUGACGCGGCCUCUCAAUCUGUUGAGGAAGCCUUCAUUAACCUCGGCCUGAGAUUGAGGGAGGCCGGGGAGAUUGGACCCCUGACUGCAGACCGGUUAGGGAUGAGCUCUCCUUUCGAAGUCGACCGGCUGAAGAAGGAGAAAGAAGAGAUGGCCCUUAUCUUGAAGAGCCAAGUAGAUGAGCUGAUCAGGCUGUCUGGGCUGGCCGGGGCAAUGAAGACCGAGAUCUCCCAACUGAAGGAGGAGAAUGGCCGGCUCAUGGAUGAAGUCUCUGAAGUCAAGAAGGAGGUGGCAGAGAAGGAAGAAAACUUCCGCGGGCUUGAAGCUGCUUGGGUGGAAGAAAACAAGGCUGAAGCUGCCCGGGUGAUGACGGUAACUCCGGAGGCCACGAUGGAAUCCUUCAGGCUUCUGUAUCAGGAGCCUGAAGGAAGGAAAAUGAUCACCGCCAUUGGAUAUAUACUGCUUCUCACCGGGAGCGGCCAGAAGAAAGACCAGAUUGCUUCUCACCGGAUACUGCUGAAGAGAGACCCGGACUUCACCGCUGCUUCCUACGGCUUGGCCCUGAUACCGGAAGAAGAGCCUUCUCCCCCCUUCCCCCCGGCUGCGACCGGUCAUCUUUUGUAAAACUUUGAUAACUCUUGAUUUCCCCGGGGAUUCCCAGUGUAUCUGUAAACAUUUAACAUUCUUAUUUUGUUUGAAUGCCAUGUUUCAUUCUACGCCCGGUUACCUUUUCUUUUUGAGCUCUUCGUGUUUGAUAUUCUGCCCUUGCCUUUUAGAAUGUUAUCAUAGGAUUUUUGACCGAUACAGAAUGCAACCACCUCCUGAUGAUCAACUUGAGGAACGUU